AUGAAUGAGUAUGGAUGUAAUGUUUGCGAAGAAGAAUAUUCAGCAAAUGAUGAAACAAAAUGUCCAAGAGUUUUGACUGGAUGUGGACAUACAAUUUGCCAAGGUUGUGCCACAUCGAUUGCUCAAACUGGAAGACCAUCUUCUAUUUUUUGCCCAUUUGAUAGAAUAUCUACUGUUUUACCUGGAGGUAAGUUGUUUUUUUCUUUGAAAAAAAAAUUAAAUAUAUUGUUUAGGUGAUAUUCGAAAUUUGAAAAAGAAUUUUGCACUUUUGGAGUUAUUAGAAAGAAUAUCAGAUGGAUCAAUAAUUGAUAGAAGUCAAAAUGAACCUUUUCAAAUCGAUAAAUAUGCAAAAGAAAGACAGUUGAAUAUUGAAUGUGAUGAAGAUCAAUGUCAUGUUGCUGUUAUUUAUUGUACAGUUUGUGAUAGCAAUUUAUGUGAAAGUUGUGCUGAAAUAACACAUUCAACAAAUGUUCUUUCAAAACAUAAAAGAGUUCCAUUAACUGAUAAACCAACACCACUUGUAUAUUGUAAAUUACACGCUUCGUAUUGUGUCGAAUUUGUAUGUAAAGAAGAAUAUUGUGAUUCGGAAAAUCGAAUGAUGUGUUUGAUGUGUAGAGAUUAUGGAAGACACAAAGGACAUCGACAUAUUAUGAUUGAAAAUGAAUUAGAAGAACUUAAAGAGAAAUUGAGAGAAUUUUUGAAUGUUCUUGGAAAACAAACACGAAUUGUGGAUACAUCUGUGAGAUCUUUGGAGAUUGCAAUACAAGAUUUAUCACCCGGACAAGAAGAAGGUCAAUUAGUUGAAACAAGACAAGAAGUUCGAGCACAUUUUCGACAACUUCGAGCAAAUCUUGAUAGAGAUGAAAGUGCAGCAAUUGAUAAAUUGGAAACAUAUGCAAGAGAAAGAGUUGAAAGUUUAACUACAAAUAGAGAUCGACUUAUGGCGGUUUCAACAAAAAUUGGAAGUACUUGUAUUGAAUUACAAAAAGCACUGAUUUUGGAGAAAGGAAAAUUAUUGGAACAGAAAGAUGAUUUGAUUGCAUUAGCAGAAUCAACAAAUGCAGAACCAGCAAGUAUUCCAGAUGAUUCACAAUUAUGUACAAGAAUUGCAUUCUCAAUUUCAAAUGAUCGAAGAUUGCAUAUUGGAGAUUUUAUUGAUUCACGUGUUGUUUUUUUGGGAUUAGAUGGAUCGGGAAAAACAAGUAUUGUUAGAAGAUUGAAGAAAAUACCAAUGGAAUCUGUAUUAGCUCCACACCCAACAAUUGGAUUUAAUGUCGAAUUAAUUCAUUAUAAAAAUUAUCGACUUAGUCUUUGGGAUGUUGGCGGACUUCCCAAAUUAAGACAUUUAUGGAAGCAUUAUUAUUCAAAUGCUCAAUGUAUUUUAUAUAUAAUUGAUGGUGAUUCAUAUGAAAGAUAUUCGGAAUCAUUGAGAGAAUUGACGAAAACAGUUGGAGAUCCGCUUGUUGGAACAUGUCCUGUAUUUGUUGGAAUCAAUAGAAAAGAGUUAGUGUUUUUUAGUUGAUAAAAGGUAGCUUUCUUUUUUUUCUGGAGAAAGGUUUUCACAAAAUUUGAAAAAUAAAUUCUGAUAAUCAAAAUGUUGAAAAGUUGAGAAUUUAACUUAAAAAAUUGAGUUUUCAAAAUAGUGCCUAACAUUUUUUACCAAAAUACUGUAGAGACGUGUUUUCAUUAAAAAUUUCAUUUCAGUUUUCAAAUUUUUCAUUUUCCGGUUGAUUUUACAGUUUUUUUUUCAGUGGGACUCCUCUAAAUGGCCAUCUUGAUGCUCUUCUUUCACAAAUUUCUGCUUUGCCAUUUCAACUUCAAAUAUUUCAAUGCGAUGCUGCUUCUGGUUCAGGAAUUGAUCAAUUAAUUGAUCAGAUUACAGUUUCUAUUUCUAGACUGAAUGGAGAAAUUCCUGUGUGA